AUGGUUAGCGACGACCACGCGGUGGUGGCGGGGACACAGCAGCGGCGGGUGCUGUUUGGCAUGGCCGACCGGCGGCGGCUGUUUGAGCCGUUGCUCAGCGCCAUUCGCGACGACUACGGCGCCGGCGCUCAUGGCGACGACGACGAGGCGGCGCCGGUGGCGGAAAUAGCGGUGCCCACCGUCAGUUCCGAGGCCAAACUGCUUUUGUUUAAUGCGGUGCCGCUUACGAUCACGUUUUUACUCGAAUUUUCACUCACGGUGGCCUCAGUGUUCGCCGUGGGCCGGUUGGGCGAUGACUACCUCGCCGCCGUCUCCGUGCUGAGUAUGACGGCCAAUAUCACCGGCUACGCUCUUGUCGCCGGUGUCGCCACUUGUCUCGAUACUCUUUGCGCCCAAGCGUUUGGCAAAGGCGACGUGGCGGCGGUGGGGGUGGUGUUUGUCAGGUGUACUCUAUUUCUCCUUGCGCUCCUGGCGCCCAUCGCGCUCUUGUGGUGCAACUCCGAGCGCCUCCUCGUGGCGAUGAUGGGCGCCGAUAAGCGCCCCGUGUGCGCCCUCGCCGCCGACUACUUAAAAGUGGUUUCCGUGGGUCUCCCCGGGUUCAUCCUUUUUGAAAACGGAAAGCAUUUCCUUCAAGCGCAGGGGAUCUUCCACGCCACCACCUAUAUCCUCAUCGUGUGUGCUCCCCUCAACGUGGCGCUCACGUAUACCCUCGUCGCCCACCCCCGGUUUGGCCUUGGUUUCAUCGGGGCGCCGUGGGCGGUGGUGAUCACCAACUGGGCGAUGUGCGCUUUGACGUACGCCUACAUUUUCUUGGUUGACGGCUACCAGUGCUGGCCAAAAUACUCGAUCACCGAUAAGAUAUACUGGCAGCGGUGGCGGCGCGUCAUCGAUUUAGCCAUCCCCGGCAUCGUCAUGGUCGAAGCGGAAUGGAUGGCGUUUGAAAUUAUAACGUUCACCGCUGCCCGCUUAGGAACUCAGGUGCUAGCAGCGCAAACGAUAUUGCUGACGACGUGUAUCUUGCUUUACCAAGUGCCCUUUGCCAUUGGCAUCGCCGCCACCACCAGAAUCGCGUGGUACGUCGGCGCCAAUCGCGCCGCGGCGGCGCAAGUGGCGGCGCGGGCGACGAUGGCGUCGCUGGCCGGGUUAGGCGUCAUCAACGCCGCCGUCCUCUACCGCUGGCGCCGGUGGUUUGCGGGCUUAUACACCCGCGACCCCGAGGUGAUCGAGAUCGCCCUGGCGGCGAUGGCGAUCGCGGCGUGGUACCAGGUUUCAGACUAUUUGCUGUGCGCCACCGGCGGCAUUUUGAAAGGUCAGGGGCGGCAGAAGAUCUCGGGGUACAUCAACGUCGCCUGCUUUUACGGGGUGGCGCUACCCUUAGCCCACUGGUUGGGUCUCUCGCGCCAUUUGGGGCUCAACGGGUUGUGGAUGGGGAUGGUGGUGGGGCUCUAUUUGAUCGCCGGAUUGCAGUACUAUUUUGUUCGGCGUUCAGAUUGGAAGCAAAUAGCCUUCAAUUGUUAA